AUGAACUCAACCGGACGUCUGGACGGCCUGAAUGACGCUUUCUCAAAGAACUUCAUCACCUUUGUUUUUGGCAUCAUCAUCAACUGUAUCAAUGGAACUUUUGUCUACACCUACUUUAAGAGUGAAGUUUUACACCAAGACCCCAGGUAUGUGCUGUACAUCCAUCUGGUGAUCAACGACAUGAUCAUGCUAACGUUUUCUGUGGUGCUGCACAUCUUUACCUACACCAUCCCCCUGACCUUCGCUCCCUGCUGCAUCAUACUGCUCAUCUUAGUCACUACCACUAAGAACAGCCCUCUGAACCUGGCCGGCAUGGCAGUCGAGCGUUACAUUGCAGUCUGCCGACCUCUUCAUCACGCCCAGAUCUGCACUGUCCAGCGAGCCUAUGCUCUGAUUGCACUCAUCUGGGUCGUCUCCCUCAUCCCCGCCCUCACAGAUAUCAUGGUCGUCCUCGCCACUCAGCCUCUCUCUGUAUUAUCAAGGAUUGUCAUCUGUUACCCGUCAUAUCUGUACAACACACCGUACCACAAGGCUCAAAGUGUGGCUGUUCAGGUCCUUCUGUUUUCAUUUGUCGUCCUGACUUUAAUCAUCACCUACCUGAAGGUCCUCUGUGCUGCCCAGGCAGCUUCUGGUUCUGACCAGGCCUCCGCCAGAAACGCCCACAACACUAUCCUGCUGCACGGAGUCCAGCUCCUCAUCUGCACCCUGUCAUUCAUCUCUCCCCUCAUCAACCUCAUUUUACUUGCCACUUUGCCCCAGGACCGCACCAACAUCCUCUUCGUCAAUUUUCUGUUCACCAAUGUGCUCCCACGUCUGCUCAGUCCACUCAUCUACGGCGUCAGAGACAAGAAGUUCAGCAGCCUCAUCAGGCUGCACUUCUGCUGUAAAUACUGUAACUCUAUAGAAAAUAAGGUGAACCUGGUGGGACUCAGAAGAAGGUCCAAACAGAGGUGACCACAAUAGGCCUUCAAAGAAUGAUUGUGCAUGUUUUAGUCCAUGAUCUACAGAUACCA